CUAGUGACAGUGCGAGAGUUUUGAUCAGACUGUUUUUGUCUUAUUGAUAGUUUAUGAACUCAGAAUUUUUGUGUCUGGAUACAAAUCAUCGUAAAAUGCAAGCUCUAAGAAAUAUGUUUCGCUCGUGGUCAUCUGAUGCCAGACUUGACGGUAAAACUGUUAUAAUUACUGGAGCCAAUGCUGGAAUUGGUAAAGAGACAGCCAUAGACCUCGCAAAGAGAGGAGCACGUAUUAUUAUGGCAUGCAGAGAUACUGGGAAAGCUGAUGCAGCCCUGAAGGAAGUAAAGGAUGCUUCAGGAAACCAGGAUGUUGUUACCAGCAGGCUUGACCUGGCAGAUUCCAAAUCAAUCAGAGAAUUUGCAGAGAACAUCAAUAAAGAGGAAAAACAAGUCAACAUCUUAAAGGGCAUCAUUAUGACCCCUUUAAUCAAUAACGCUGGUGUGAUGGUUUGUCCUUAUGAAAAGACAGCAGAUGGUUUUGAAAUGCAAAUAGGAGUGAACCACAUGGGUCACUUCCUGUUGACAUAUCUGUUAUUGGAUUUGAUUAAAAGAUCAACGCCUGCGAGGAUCAUUAAUGUCUCAUCCAUGGCACACCAAUGGGGGACCAUCAACCUAGAGGACAUCAACAGUGAGAAGAACUAUGAUAAACAGAAAGCCUACAGUCAGAGCAAGCUGGCAAAUAUUCUGUUCACACGCUCGCUGGCCAAAAGACUAGAAGGUACUGGAGUCACAGCGUAUGCUCUUCAUCCUGGAGUGGUUCAGACAGAACUGUGGAGGCACUUGAAUAAACCUCAACAAGCCGUCAUGUGGUUAGCAAAGCCCUUCACCAAAACAUCUGUGCAGGGAGCUCAGACCACCAUCUACUGCGCCGUGGCCCCUGAACUGGAGACAGAGAGCGGCAAAUAUUACAGUGACUGCGCACCUGCAAAAUGCUCCCAGGCUGCCAUGGAUGAUGAGGUGGCCCAGCGCCUCUGGGAACUCAGCUGUAAGAUGCUCAGCAUCACAUGGGAGUGAAAACGCAUCUCUCUUCCUGAUGAGUCCCAAGUUUUACUGCAGUCUGCCUGAGAUUGGCCCAUCUACUGUCAAAAUCAGAAAUACUAAUAGUUCGUAUUAAACACACUAGCAUAAAAGAUCACUAAAUAUAACCAAAUGUGAUAUAUUUUAUACGUGAUGUGAGAUUUAAAUAUUACAUUUUGUAGAUUUCGGUCUCAGGUUGUUUAAGUGAGUUCAUUUUUUGUAUAAUACAGGUACAUAUUUAUGCACUAAAGGAUAUAAGAAGUAAAUGCCAGAUUCAGGCGCUUGAAAAAAAAAAGAACUGGGUAUAUGUGAAUAUUUUUGGAUACAUUUACAAUUUUGUAUCCUGGUUUUAAUUUUGAGUUUUGUAUGACCCAAGGAGAAGAGAAUUAAAAA